UGUCUGCUACUUAGUUUGCCUUGCAGCCAGCCUGGUCUGCCUUCAGAGGAAAUACUGCCUGCGGGUUACUCAGUCAACACCAAGCAGCACCAGGAAACCUGCCAGCUCGCAGGCAUCAAAUUCACAAUCAUGCCUGGAACCACAACAGCCAAGAAGCUGGAUCUCUCCAAGCUCACAGAUGAGGAGGCCAAGCAUGUCUGGGCAGUCGUCCAGCGAGACUUUGACCUGAGGAAGAAGGAGGAGGACAGACUUGGGGAGCUCAAGACCAAAAUUGAAAGAGAAGACACCAAGAGAGAGUUACUGGGCAACCAGACCAGCCUGACUGAGUCACACUGCAUUCGGUGUCUCCAGCCCUUCAAGUUCCUGGUCAACAGCAAGCGCCAGUGUCUGGACUGCCAGCUCUACAUCUGCAAGUCCUGCAGUCGCUACAACAAGAAGGAGCUGGGCUGGUUGUGUGAUCCCUGUCACAUGGCCAGGGUCCUCAAGAUCGGCACUUUGGAGUGGUACCACGAGAACGUGCGUGCCCGCUUCAAGCGCUUCGGCAGUGCCAAGGUGAUGCGCUCGCUCUUCAAGAGGUUGAGCGGAGAACGCAGCUGCUCUCAGAAUGACCUCGAAGCAGAUGGAUAUGAAGAACACAGUAUGGAUGCCACAGAUUCACAACACUACAAAGAGAUGAAAAAGGCCAAAAGGCGGCUAACCGUCGAUCCCUUUGAUUUCGAACUGGGCUGCAACAACUUCACAGAAUCCAGAGGACGGCCAGAGCAGGGCCAGGUCUCCCAGGACGUCAUGGACAUGGAUGUAGGUGUGAGGGAGUCAGUGCUCGCCGAGGCAGACGUGGCCUCUGUUUUCCACCGGAUUCUGGAGGAGCAACACGAAGGUCUGGACCUGGGAAUGACUCCACAGCAAGAUGACCUUGCGUACCCUGAAAACCGAACUCUUCCAUCUCGCUCCGCCUCCCGGCUCAGCUACUCCUCGUGUGGCAGCGGUAGUGCUUGGGGCCCCCGGUGCAGCAGCAGCAGCUAUCUGCCCGGCCCUGACGACUCAGAGGGGGACGAUGACCGCUGCCAGCCCUACCCUCUCUACCAGUCUCACCUGGGCCAUCUCAGCCACACCUCCCAGGAGAGCCUGAACUCACCGAACCCUCCACCACAGAUCACUGACCUGAACAGACGCGUGUCAGCCAUCGAGACCCUCUUGAACCACUUAGAGCAGAAGGUCACCUCGACAUACGACCAGGCUCCUCCGACUCCAAGCAGCACCUCUCCUCUUCCUCAGUGGGAGGAAGUGGACGCGGAGGAGCAGCUGCUGAGGCGGAAGCUGGACGAGAUGACGGACAACAUCAGCGACCACAGCCUAACCUCCGACGAGGACGAGUCCAGCAGGCCCCCCUCCCCCCAAGAGAUCUCAGCACGGAGGAGCCCAGAGGGGGGUGCCAAGCCCUCGAGAAUACCCGCCAGACCCACGUCCAGAACGAGCAUCACCAUCUCCAGACUGGAGGAGGAGCAGCCUCUACAGAUGGCCUCUGAGCAGACAAACAUUUCAACAGAGAGUCUAGAGAGGAAGUGGCGCCCCCUACAGGACAGCUCAAUGGAAAGCUUCAAAGGCUCAACAGCCUUACUGGUGGAGCUGGAGGACCAGGUAGCACAAGCUGCUGCCAACGUCCAGAACGCCCAGUGCGAGGUCUCUUACAUAGAGAACAGGAUUGCUGCCCUGAACGCUGCCGGCAUGCCAGUGGAUAAAAGAAGACGGUCUGCAAUCCCGAUCCAAGCGAGAAGACUUUCCCACAACUUUCCCACAAACCAGGUGGACAGGUUUGUGAGGAACUCCCUCUACAGGGGCUCCCUGACACAGAGGAACCCAGUGGCCAAGCCCAAGACCAGGGCUACCUCUGCGAAACCAGUAAUGACACAGGGCUCGUGAGGAGGAGGCUGAGCAUUAUCUGACUGACGACUUUCCCCUCUCACCACAUUUAUCAUUACAGUUUGGAAGAAACUGACAUUUAUGUUGAAUGAAGGAAAUUGCUGUUUUAGAUGUUUCCUUGUCAUAUUAUUGUGUUAUCUUACUGGACUGGAUUAGAUCCGUACCAUAUUUAUAUAUACAGUAUAUGUUAUAGUAUAUUUUGCAGUUACACACUAACUUUAUUAGACCUGAAUCUUAGGGUAUGGUUAUAAUUUGCAUGCAAGUUGCCUUCACCUUAAAUCUCUAGUUAUUUAUUCUAAUGCUCACACAGUAAAGAUGAAAACAUGAUAAAUUAUGUUAUUUUUCUUUGACAAUUAUGCCAAAAGCAGUGCAAUAACACACUUUACAAUACUAUAACUUUUUACUUUAAUAUCUUGGAAAACAAUAGCUCAGCUACUAUCACUAAGGAAGAUUGAGCUUCUUGUAACACUUGAAUGAUAUCGUGCAACAUACAGCGAGUCUAAUAUGGUUAGUUCAUGGCAUCAUGAUGUAUAUGAGUCCAUUAAAUACAGGCAUCUGUGCACAUUCCCUCUGUGUGUGCAUUAUGGUACAAUAUAUAAAGUAAAGUUUUUGGUAUAUUUUGCAAUAACGCAGCUAUCUGAUUUUUAAUUUGAAGAUGGUUUCAUGCUUCUCGUUAACUCCCUGCACCUGCAGACGGUGACAAACUAAAGGACGAGCUCAGUUCAAGAGUGGAGAAGGAAAAAGCUUCAUGCUGAGCGCAAAGAAUCACUGGAAGGUUUAAUGAGGAUGACGAUGAUAUAAAUCAGACCCUUCAGGCUUUGUGGUCACAGAUUGAGUCUUUUUUUUCUGUUGCGCUGAUCAGCAUUUUGUUUGUGCUAAAAUAAUCACAUUAUUUUAAGCCUCAGUUUAAUUACAUGUGUACUUUAUUUUAUUCUUAAUGCAGUAACAUAUUUGUCUUGUUAGUCGUAUUAAAUUAUUCACAAACUGAA